UGGUGGUAUGCGUGUGGGUGCGAGAAUGAACACGUCAAUAUUUUCAUUCUAAGUUUGCUUUCUAUGCUGCGGCGCAUACGUCGCAUAAUACCGUUCUGACAGACUGAACGACAAAAAGAUCCAGUGUUGAAAAAAUUGAACUCUAACAAUUUAGUAGUAAAAUAUUAAACGUAUAGUCAAUGAUAAGCCUUCAUAACCUAUGAACUGGAGAAAUUAUCGCAUUUUCCAUGAGCCAUUAAUUUUGACGCAGUGCGGUGUGACCAAAGUUACAGAGUUUUCAGAACCAUAGUGAUUUUAUAGACUGCAUCAAACACCCAAAGAUGUUCCAGUCCAACUCCAACCGGAAAGGCUUGAAGGGAAAGGUACUCGAUCCCGACAUAGAUUACUCCAAGGCUAAAAGUGUCCACAGCAUAUCAUCUUGGUGGGGCAUCGGAGGCAUUUUUCUUAUCCUUUUUAUUGGAAAUUUAACCAGCUACACCAACUCUCACCUCCCAGAUGCUUUGCGAAACGCACACUUGGCAAAAUAUCCGAACGCGUUCAUUGCGGAGCGAGCCUACAAAGAUCUAAGAAUAAUGAACGAUUUUGGUCCUAAACCCACAGGAAGCUACGCCAACGAGGUACUGGCCGUAGACUUUCUAGUUCGGGAGAUUUCCUACAUUGACCAGCUGAAGAAUAAAAACCAGAAGCUGAUUGUAGACAAACAGUUGGCAUCAGGUGGUUAUGUUGCCGUCUAUAUGAACAAAUCGGCGACCAGUGUCUACCGGAAUGUGCAGAACGUGGUUGUCAAGUUGGUCGGAAAAAAUGUUGAUAAAGCCUUACUAUUGAAUUGCCACUUUGAUUCGGUCGCCGCCAGUCCCGGUGCCAGCGAUGAUUUGUCUGGUUGUGCUGUGAUGCUCGAGGUGUUGAGGGUUAUGUCGCGGCAACCUGACAUUAAUCAGUUUUCGGUGAUAUUUCUGUUCAAUGGUGCAGAAGAAACACCUCUACAGGCAUCUCAUGGAUUCAUUACAUCUCAUCGGUGGGCGAAACAGGUCCACGCUUUCAUCAAUCUCGAAUCGGCUGGUUCUGGAGGGAAGGAAAUGCUUUUCCAAAGUGGUCCUAGAAAUCCUUGGUUGGUGGAAAUGUACGCUACGGCAAUAAUGUAUCCUUACGCACAGGCAGCUGGUGAAGAAAUUUUCCAAUCCGGUGUCAUUCCCUCGGAUACAGAUUUUCGGGUGUUCCGUGAUGUAGGUGGCAUUCCGGGAAUGGAUUUUGCAUAUACCGCCAAUGGCUACCGGUAUCACACUAAGUACGAUUCGAUAGACUAUAUACCGAUGUCGGUGCUGCAGCGAACAGGAGAUAACAUUCUGUCACUUACGAAAACAAUCGCCAACUCGGACAAACUCGGUCUACACCAUCAGAAGACGGAACAUACGGUGUAUUUUGAUUUUCUAGGGCUAUUUUUCAUUUUCUAUUCGGCGGACGUCGGACUGAUGAUUAAUCUCUCAGUGGUUUUAUUGUCAAUCAUCAUUCCGUUUCUAGCACUGGCCCGAUCUACCAGUGGAACGCAUGGAAGAGAAAUCCGUUCGGAAACCAUGGUCGGAUUUGUGUCCACCUUUCUAGGGGCCGGUGCUGCUGGUGUGGUUUGCUUCUUGAUUGGUUACCAGCUGGAUUUAAUGGGACGCUCAAUGUCGUGGUAUUCGUCUACAAAUUUGGUAUUGGGUGUAUACUGUUGCCCAGCGUUGCUUUGCCUAUGUUUGGUGCAUAUGGCGUGCGGGCAAAUUUUAGGCAGUAAAACGACACCACUCAGCCUGGCACUGAAGGUUCAAGCGCGAUUAAACGGCGUCAACUUGUUCUGGGGAAUGGUCACUUUGGGAAUCACUUUUACAGGCUAUCGAAUCGCAUAUGUUUUCAUGAUCUUGAUUCUCUUUUCGCUUUUAUCAAACACACUAAUCUCAAUGUUCGGUCUGCAAAAUUCGGUUCACAAGUGGCUGUUCGUACAUUUGUUUUUCCAAAUAAUUGCCAUAUUAUGGUGUACACAGUUCUACCAUCUGAUGCUGAACAUGUUCAUUCCAAUUACGGGACGCAUAGGGGCGUCAAUCAAUCCAGAUUUCAUCAUCGGAGCAAUGGCGGCAGCCGUUACUUUGUUCACCUGUAGCUAUAUGACGCCGUUACUGUUUUUGCUCAAGAAGACCGACAAACUGAUUGGUGAGCUUGUGGCCAUCACAUCGAUCGCACUUAUUCUGGCAACGUCUACGCACGUGGGUUUCCCCUACAGGGAUGACACUAUGAAGGCGCCGACCGUUCAGCGCCACUACAUAACGCACACACUUCGAACAUUCCAUGACUACAACGGCGGUGUACGUUACACCGAUUCCGGCUUUCUACUGCAAGAACUUGAUCGCAACGCUAGAAAAACGAUCGAAGGUAUUGCAAUACCGGACACGAUCACCCCAAUGCGGGAAAUACCCGCAUGUCAGAAGGAACUAUUCUGUGCGAUUCCAUUCUACUCUAUCUGGCACCAGGUGCUGUUCGAAAACUACUGGAUUGCGGGACCGCAGCCCAUUAUACACUCGUCGGUGAAAUGUGUCCUUAAAGGUAAGAAUAAAAUCACGGAACACGUAUCCAGCUUGAAGCUAACUCUGCAAGGUGAGCAUCAGUGUGCACUGGUAAUUGGCCCCAAGCCAGGUGUUUCACUUACAAAAUGGGACAUUGUCGAUGAGCUGGCCGAUCCAAUAGAAUUUAACGGGCAGAGGGGCUACUUUGUCCUUAUCGUCAGUGGUCUUAACCCUGGUCCAAUGAACAUUACGCUGCAAUUACGGCAUGAAAUAUUGAACUAUGAUGGUCCUCUCGUUGAUAUAACUGUUACAACGACAUUCUGGGAACACCAGAAACAUCAUACUCCCGUAUUCAAUAAACUCCUCGCACGGGUUCCAGCAUGGGCUCACGUUGUUCCUUCGGUUGCUGCGGUCAAUAGUUACACAUUCUAAAACUUUAUAUCAUGCUCAACUAAGUGAUAAAGAUACAACUAAUUUUACAUGCAAGUAGCAACAUUAUGGUUUAGAGGUUUUCUAUGUUUGCCUAGCAAUCGAAUCUGUACAAUGUUCUAUUACGAAGUUUUUUAAUCGAAGAUCUGUUUUGUCACUUGUACUAUGAUAUAGGCAUUAUAGUAAUAGGAUUGAUAUUAAAAUUAUGUGCACACCAUUACGUUACCUAAUUAUAGUUCCUAAAUACAAAGCGUAAACUUUUACAAAUACUUAACCUAUUACUAGACACAUAAUGAGAUACGUUAUAUACUCAAAAUUUUUAGAAGUGGAAGAUUGAAUCUUAAGUAAUAUCGACCCAGUCGAAUUAAAUGUUAUUUUCUUUGAUCCAAUUGAAAAACUAAAACUAUUUUAGUUUCAACUAUUUAAUUUAAUUUUUCAAACAUCAUUUCUGAGAAUCUCAGUCUAACGAACAACGUAGAUCUUUAAUAUCGAAUAACCGACUGUCAUUGAAUAAAGCAAUACUUUUCAGUUCAUCACAAUUGUUUUUAAUCUGACAGACUGUUUGUUGUUCCAGCUAAAUACUACUAUUCCUUACAUUAACAAUAUCUAAUAACGUGGUUGAACUAGUCAGUAUAAGCCCUUACGCGAGGCAUUUGUAAUGCCAUUACCGAGCAGUAACGUCACUUGUGAUAAGCCUAAUGACAGAAUUCCAAUGCAUUUUCAUUAAUAAAAAUAGUACCAACACUUUUUAUUCUCGUAAAGGGCCUGGUUUGUCACGGCAAACAUAUACUUAAAACAGUCAAAAUAAUUUGGCCUUCAUCUAGAACAUUAUAUAAAACCUACAGCGAACUAUUUAUACGCUACAUCUUCUUCUUGCCUAUAGUAACACUUGCAAAUAAAGCCGCAAUAAAAAGUGAUUUCAUUAAU